GGAUUCUAGGUCCUCAGCGUGAUCGGGGCCGCGCGUGAGCGAGCGGGGCGCAGCCCGCACCCCGGCUGGUGGCCUGCCCCGCCCACGUGGGGCCGCGGCCCGUCGAAUGGCUCCGUGCAACGUGUUAGUGGCGGCAGCGGCGGCGGCGCGGGCUCUUCCGGGCGCCGCAGUUUCCUGCCAAACACCGCGCAGCCGCCUCGGCAGCGGGAGUCUGGGGUGCAGGCCUCGGCGCGGGUGCGGGACCCGGGCUCCGCUGCGCGCCCUGCCCCGCCCGCCUGCACCAUGCGCGCCGCGCCGCUGCUGCCGCUGCUGCUCGCGCUCCUGGCCGCGCCCGCUGCCCGCGCGAGCCUAGCCCCGGUGGUCGCGGUGCCGCAGCCCCAGCACCCGCCGCCCGGCUCCCGGCCUGUGAACACCACCCGGACCGGGUCUGGGGAGGCGACGGUUACAGGCGGCGGCGGCAGCUCCAACAGCAGCGGCGACGCGCUGGUGACCCGCUUCUCCAGCCUGCUCCGCGACCUGCCCACGCUGAAGGCGGCCGUGAUCGUGGCGUGCGCCUUCACCGCCUUCCUCAUCGCCUGCCUGCUGCUGCGCGUCUUCAGGUCCGGAAAGAGGUUGAAGAAGACCCGCAAGUAUGACAUCAUCACCACCCCGGCUGAGCGCGUGGAAAUGGCCCCGCUGAAUGAAGAGGAUGAUGAGGAUGAAGACUCCACAGUAUUUGACAUCAAAUACAGGUAAAGCCUGUUUUCCAGCGUGUUGGCAUCCUGUGGAAAGCUGGUCAGCUGCGCCUGGGCGGGAAGGAUCUGGAAGCCGUCUUGUCCGAGGUGUUGAAACCAAAACAAACGUUAUUUAUGAAACUCGGGCACAUUUGUGUGUGUCGAACGUCUGCUCAGAAUGUCAUCGCAGGAGAACCACCUCUCCCAUCCUCUGGACACCACUUUAAAAUGUUCCCUUUCUCCGCCGCAAGAGGGCUUCUGCCUUGCCAAGGGGCACAGGGUAGAAACACAUUGACUUAAAGCAACUGUCGACAAAAGUAGGAGAGAUCAGAAGUUAUGAAGAACCUCAAGAAGGACCUCCACCUGUGUAGUGAGGAUUUCUGACAUUCUGCUCUCCUGCAUCUGGGACGUUCGAGAUGUCUAACCCUUUGGACUUUUGGGUUUGGUCAGGUGCUGGCCUUACGUUGGGAAUGGCUGUGUGAGAGUUCAGAGUGCAAGUCCUUGGAGCUGGUCAGCCCGUAGCAGAAGUGUAUAUUAGUACGUGUUUGUGGCUCCUUUUCUUUUUCUUCUUUUGUUUAAAGGGUUCAGCAGAACUGGGCAUGCCUAGUUCAUAAAGGAUGUUGAAUAUCAGGGAAAAAAUAUAUGUGUAUAUGUGUGUA